AAUGAACGAUUAAAAUGUGUAAGUGUGCACGAUGCACCCUAUAUAAUCGCGGAUUGCUUGCUUUCAUAUCUAUGAAUUAGUUUGGUAUGUAAAGUCGUAUACAAGAAAUGGUGUUUGAAACCGAAGCGAUUUUACUGUUCCUCAUGGUGUUGUCGAAGAAAUUUUCGCUAUUAAAUAAUUAAUUGAUGAGUGUAUAUUUGUAUGUGGUUAAUGCGUUGGGUUUAUGGUAGAAACACGGCAAUUAUGGAGUUCCACGACUAAGCUUCAUUUUUGUACAUUUUUAAAGGCUUAAACCAUAAACAGGACCCAUAUGCCUUCUACGACUUAAGUCAUCAACAUUAUUUGCAAUGAAUGCAACGUUCCAUUCAUACAGAGAUAUACUAGCGGCACAUCACCAAGACUCAUCUAGUCCUGAGAACUUCGCCCCCAUAGUAAUCGACUAUAGAAACUCAAACCACACAAAGGACAUUGUGGAGACCAACUCGAAUAUCUCAUCGUCUCAGCUAUCGUUCAUGGACGAAUCUUCAAACGAUUUCAAUAAUCAGCAGUUAAUUCAUUCCAACUCCCUUAUUAAAGUGUGUGGUGGUUGUGGAGAUAAAAUAAGUGAUAGAUAUCUUUUAUACGCUUUGGACAGAUACUGGCACAAUGGCUGCCUUAAAUGUCACUGUUGUGGAGCUAUGCUAGCAGAAGUGGGUUCCAGCUGUUUUACGAGGCGAGGCCUGAUUCUUUGCAAGAAGGACUAUUCCAGCAUGUUCGGGUGCUCCGGAGUUUGUUCUGGUUGCGGGGAAACUAUACCGCCAAGUGAACUGGUAGCGAAAGCACUUACUGGAAUAAAUAAUAUCGAUUUACAAAAUCAACAAAAACAAAUAAUUAAUUGCGUAUUUCAUCUAAGGUGCUUUAGUUGUGCUAAGUGUGGAUCCAGUCUGCGUCCUGGUGAUAGGUAUACUAUGUUAGGAGCUAGCUUGGUGUGUGAGCAAGAUUGGCACAAAUUACUUAAGGGCCCCGCCAACACGAAUGGAACGCUUGGACAAAGGAAAGGAAAGGUCGGAAGGCCCAGAAGAUCAAAGGACUAAUCAAACUUAAUGUCACAUAAAAUAUACAUAUAUUUUAGAACAUAGUUCAUAUUUUUAAAUUACCUAUAAAAAUGUAAUUAAAUCAUAAUAUAAAACAAGACCUUCAUUUAGGUGAGUUCGAUUGGGAAUUACUCAUGCGACUGUGCAUAAAAAAGAAUGGAUAAUAUUAAAUCAUUGCAAAAUGAAAUAAAUUUGAAAACAUAGACAUAAACUACUAUCGAUGACAGUAUGUUGAAAGAUGUUUUUAUUGCAUAAGACCCAAACUAGAUAUCAGUCUUGUCUCAAAGAGCUUAAAGUAAACAAAAUCCACAACUA